AUGUGUCGAUUUAUGAUAUAUAAAGGUAGAGAAGAAAUGGUACUUUCUGACUUACUCACAAAACCAGCUCAUUCCAUAAUCAACCAGUCAUUUGAUUCAAGAUUACGAUUAGAUAUGCGAAACCCCGUCAAUGGUGAUGGAUUUGGCGUUGGUUAUUAUUCAGAAAACCGUCAUCCUUGUAUAUUUAAGGCAAUAACACCAGCAUGGAAUAAUGUCAAUUUGAACAAUUUAGCAGAGUGUACUGAGUCUAGUCUUGUAUUUGCUCAUGUUAGAGCAUCUACUCAAGGGGUUUUGGCAGAAACUAAUUGUCACCCUUUUUCAUAUGGGAAAAUAAUGUUUAUGCAUAAUGGGGGUGUAUCGGCAUUUAAUUUGAUUAAAAAGAAAUUGAUCAAUCAUUUGGAAGAUAAAUUUUUCCUACAUAUUCAAGGAUCAACAGAUUCAGAAUGCUGUUUUGCAUUGUUUGUUGAUACGUUAUAUAAAAUGGGUUAUGAUCCAGAAGAUUUGUCAGUUAAAUUUUCCCAUUCAAUUCUCCGCAAGGCAUUAUUAACUACUAUCGAUUUGAUUAAAACAUGGCAAUGUCAAGUCACCAAUGAGCCAUCCUUGUUGAAUUUUGCCGCAACUGAUGGGGAAUCUAUUGUGGUAAGUAGAUAUAUUACUUCCAAAACUGAUGAAGCUGCUUCUUUACAUUUUAGCACUGGAUCAAAGUUUUUCGAAUAUCAGCCAGGAUUGUUUAAAAUGGAAAGAUUAAACCGAUCUCAAGAUGUCAUAUUUGUUUCUAGUGAACCAUUAACAUUUGAACGAGGUGAUUGGUUAUGUGUGCCCACUAACACAAUUUUGACAAUAACUAAUAGAAACACCGUGUUGAUGCACCCUAUAGAAGACGAGUUCUAUGAUGGAGAAGUUCAAAGAUCUUCUGGAUUAGCCAUGAGCAAGGGCCUUAUUGGUGGCGUUCCUAUGAAAGAUGUUGAAGUUGAUUCAACACUUGCUGAAGUGCCUCCAUUGGAUAGAGAGGGUAGAGUUGCUGUCAAUGUAUAA